GAAAAUGCGUGUAUCGCCAGGGUCUAGGUAAAAGUACAAACAUGGAUGAAUCAUAGACAUAAUUUUUGUUCCAUGAAUUCUGAAAUCAAAAAGUGCUUGAGUUAACAUCACAGGAAUUUAUUUUACAAAGGCAGUUUUUGUAAGUGGCUAUAACAGCUACUAUGGAACAGAACAAGGAUGAAAACAAUAUCAAGCAAAAAGAUCCAGACAGCAUCACAGACAGUACACUUUACUCAAACUUUGAUAGAAAUCUCAACCAACAAUUUCCUGCAUCAGACUAUGACGACCAAGGAGGAAAUUAUGACCCAAUAUCUGAAUUAUCACAGCUUUCAAUCGACUCUCUAACUUUAGACAAAUUACCUCUUGAAUUAUUGAUACAUAUAUGCAAUUUCUUGGAAGCAGGUUUUGUAAUUCACACGUUCAGCAAAGUGUGUCAGUUGUUCAAAGACUUAUUUGAAGGUGAUUCAUAUUGGAUAACCAGAAUUAGGAAAAGGUGGCCCAAACCAUAUCCACCUGUUUCAGAUGAAGAUUUUGAUUGGCAAGAAGCUUGUAUACAAAGAGAGAAGUGUUGUCGAGUAUGGUCAGAUCCAAAGAAUCAGACAGAAUCCAUCUUGUAUAAAGAUACUAUAUUUGCUCCAGUGGAUUCAGUUCAUUUGAUGGAAAAUGGCAGACUUUUAGCUUCAGGAUCAAGAGAUCGAUAUUUAACCUUAUUAGAUCUGUCUAAGUAUGACCCUACCACUACUAAACAGAAUGAGAUGAAAGUGUAUGCCAGCGACAAAGCACAUAAGGGUUGGAUUUGGUCGCUGACAUCUAAUGACAAAACCCUCUGCACAGGAUCAUGGGAUAGAUACAUUAAGAUGUGGGAUCUGGAGGCAGGUGUUGUAGAAACACAAUCAUUCAAGUGUCGAUCAGCUAUCCUAGGAUUGCAUAUGGAGGAUAACAUGAUUUUUGGAUGUGGUUUUGAUCAGCUAGUAUAUUCUAUAGAUCCCAGAGAAAAUACGAUGAAAAAGAGAAAGUAUCACCGUGGCCCAGUGUUAUGUUUGGCUGCCGAUGAGAAUUACGUUGUAACAGGAAGUGAAGAUAAAACCAUAGCAAUCUACGAUAGAAGAGCAGGAACAGUUUAUAAAACUAUACAGUUAGAGAGUUAUCCUAUGAGUUUAAAUUUAGGACACCGACAGUUAUGGGUAGGAGAUAAGACUGGUGGUAUACAUGUGUAUAAUACAACUUGUGGACAGUUUAAACACAUAGAGAGUUGUGAUGUUGGUCAUACAGGAAAAGUUACAGGCAUUAUAUACACACCUGGUGCCCUGUUUACAUGUUGUACUGAUACUACCAUCAAGGUUUUGGAACCCAGUUUAAAUCCAGGCACCAUCAACACUCUGACUGCACAUGAAGGAGAAGUUGCAAGGAUAUCUUAUCAGAAUGGAGUAUUAGCAAGUGCAGGAAGUGAUGUCUCAGUACGUAUUUGGAGACCAAAAGAUACUUGGUACUAAACUAUUUAGAGUCUGGAAAAAUAACAGAUGAAAUUGGGAAGAGUGCAGAUAUUCUACAAUAGUAAAUAAACUGGUGCUUGUUUGAGGCUGUUGACAGGGUUGGCAAUGCAAUUUGAAAAUUUUUAAUCCCAGAAUUUGCAUGAGUCAUCUUUUAUGAUUUAUGAAUAUAUUUACAUAAUACCUAUUAUGACAGCAGAGAUAAGCACAUAACAAGUUAGAUAUGAAGAAAAAUAAAAGAAAGAUUGACUUUAGGAUUUAUGAUCUGUAAAGAAGAGGGCAUUUUGGUUAGCGAGCAGUAGUAGUUCAUCAUUAUUGUUCUCAUUUUGUGUUGUAAAUUUCACAUUCACUUAGAUCUCACCUGUAUUUAAGAUUGCAUUGCAUUUAUCUCAGACAACCAUUAAAUAAUUGUUUUGUUAA